AUGGGAGGAAAACAUAGCACUCGAAGCAUAUUAAUCACGACUGACCAAGUAUCUUCAGUCCCAGGCUCUAAUAUUACAGGAAAAAUUUAUAUGAAGCUAGAAAAAGCCAUCCGCGCUUCUACUCUCUGACUGAAGUUCAAAGGAAAAGAACAGACUCAAUGAAGCUCAUCUGCAAUUUCUUCCAAAUCUAAAGGUAUUACAAACCUGAUCAAUUUAAAAGCCCCAGUCAUUGUAUGGGAAGACGGAAUAAUCCCUAGUGGGGACUAUGAAAUCCCUUAUACUUAUACGCUGCCUGAAAACCUUGCUAACUCUUUUCACAUUGAUACGCAAAAUUAUAAUGCAGAUAUUAUAUAUAAACUAUAGUGAUUUAUUAUGAAUAAAAUAUUAGCUAAUUUAAUAGGGUAAAGGCAGAAUUAAAUAGAAUAAAAGCAGAAAUUGAGCCAGAAGGCCACAAAAAAAUGAAGAGUUCUGUAGAUAUUCAAAUUUAUAACCUUGUGCAAGCUAAAGAAGGGAGUAUUGCGAGUAAUAAGAUUCCUGUUUCUCAUUGCUGCUCUGUUGGUAGCUUCAGGAUUAACAUUCAAUUAGAUAAAUCUGCAUACACGCCACUAGAAAAGCCCCAAGUUUCUAUGGAAAUCAACAAUACAGAGUCUGGCGCUAAUUUGGAUUCAAUUACAAUAUCAUUAGCAAGACAAAUUAUUUUACGCAGCAAUAAAAAACAUACAUUUUAUAGCGAGUAUAUACAAUCUUAUAUGAUUUCUAGUCUCUUUUUAUUCUUGAAAAACUAUUUUUAGUAGAUAAUUACAUUAUCCUGUAAUUAUUAAUUUAAAAUUCAUAUAAAAUUUUAUAUACCUUUAACACUUUAUUACAUUUUUUUUUAUUCUGGCUCGCCAUACUGGCGAGCUAUUUAUAUAUAUUUACUAUAUUUCCUCUCACAAAACCAAAGGCUGUGGCAAAGGAAAAAUCUGUGAACGAGAAAACGCAAUCUCAACCUCCCUCGACUUAUCAAAAGUCCAAAAAACCCUACAUCACGCCCCAACUAUAACCUCAGCCAAAAUCGAAUGCAUGUAUAAGCUGAUUUUCGAUUUUAUUUCUAAUGACAGCUGUGUAAGAAACAUCAACUCAUGCGAAAUUCCUUUAGAAAUUUGUCCACAGAUAAUGGAAAUCCCUAGACCAGCCCCAGAAGCUCCUGCAGGAUGGAAUCCAGUCACUUUUGAGGUACAGAAGCUUUCUUACGAGUAUGCUGAAGCAUAUGCGCCUUCCGCUCCUCCAUUAGAAGAUGAGGAAUAA